AUGGUGCUCGAUUUGGACCUGUUUCGGACCGACAAAGGUGGCGAUCCAGAGAUCGUCCGCGAAACUCAAAGGAAGAGGUUUAAAGAUGUCACGCUCGUGGAUAAACUGGUCGCCGCGGACACAGAGUGGAGAAAAUGCCGCUUCACUGCAGACAACCUGAACAAAGCUAAGAACCUAUGCAGCAAGAGCAUUGGGGAGAAAAUGAAGAAGAAGGAACCAGUUGGGGAAGAUGAUUCUCUACCUGAAGAAGCACAGAACGUCGAGUCCCUAACAGCUGAGACACUCUCGGGCCUGACGGUAACGCAGAUCAAGAAGGUGCGUUUAUUAGUGGACGAGGCGGUGGAGAAAUUUGACAGCGAGAGGAUAAGGCUGGAGGCAGAGCGCUUUGAGUACCUGAGGGAGAUCGGCAACCUUCUGCACCCAUCUGUGCCCAUCAGUAAUGAUGAGGAUGCAGACAACAAGGUGGAGCGUACCUGGGGCGACUGCAGCACCCAGAAGAAGUACUCUCACGUUGACCUGGUGGUCAUGAUCGAUGGCUUUGAUGGGGAGAGGGGAGCUGUUGUGGCUGGGAGCAGAGGUUACUUUCUGAAGGGCCCGCUGGUGUUCCUGGAGCAGGCGCUCAUCAAUUACGCCUUAAGGAUCCUCCACAGCAAGAAUUACACCAUGCUCUACACACCCUUCUUCAUGAGAAAAGAGGUCAUGCAGGAAGUCGCCCAGCUCAGCCAGUUUGAUGAAGAGCUUUACAAGGUCAUCGGUAAGAGCAGCGAGAAGUCGGACGACAGCGCCAUAGAUGAGAAGUACCUCAUCGCCACCUCCGAGCAGCCCAUCGCAGCCUUCCUGAGGGAGGAGUGGCUCAAACCUGAGGACCUGCCCAUCCGCUACGCCGGCUUCUCCACCUGCUUUAGACAGGAAGUGGGCUCCCAUGGACGAGACACCCGCGGCAUCUUCAGGGUGCACCAGUUUGAGAAGAUUGAGCAGUUCGUCUAUGCCUCUCCACAUGACGGCAAGUCAUGGGAGAUGUUCGAUGAGAUGAUCGGGACGGCGGAAGAGUUCUACCAGUCACUAGGAAUUCCUUAUCGCAUCGUCAACAUUGUCUCUGGUGCCCUUAAUCAUGCAGCCAGUAAGAAGCUGGAUCUGGAGGCCUGGUUCCCCGGCUCUGGUGCCUUCAGAGAGCUGGUCUCCUGCUCAAACUGCACCGACUACCAGGCCAGGCGUCUCCGCAUCCGCUAUGGACAGACCAAGAAGAUGAUGGACAAGGCCGAGUUUGUGCACAUGUUGAAUGCAACCAUGUGCGCCACCACUCGAGUGAUGUGCGCCAUCCUGGAGAAUUACCAAACUGAAGAAGGCAUCGUUAUUCCAGAGAAGCUCAGGGACUUCAUGCCUCCUGGUUUGACAGAGAUUAUUAAGUUCGUCAAGCCCGCUCCUAUCGAUCAGGAGAUGUCUAAGAAAGCAAAGAAACAGCAGGAUGGAGGAGGGAAGAAGAAGAAGCAGGGAGGAGGGGACCAGAACCUGCCCAACGCCAUGGAGACCAUGUCCGUCAACGACUCAUAAACUCCAGCCCACGACGCCUGUGUCGCUUCACCAGCCCACACAGACAGACGCUGAUGGGACAGAGCCUCAUGUGUAACGAUCAGAGGUCACUGUAACUGUUUGAGAAUGUGGAAACCAUCCUCUCUGUGUAAUGUUGUUCUUAUAAUGAAACUAGCUCUGUCCCAUCUGUGUGUCUCUGAGUGGAUGGUGUGUUAUUCAUCUCAGCUGUUGCUUCUCCAAUUCACAUAAAGCACACAAACAAAAAGAUCUCUGUGCUCUCAUCUCCGUCUGCAGUUUACUUCAGAGUCCACUGGCCACCUGUCUGUCUGUCCGUCCCUCUCUCACAGCUACAGCAACACUGAGCCUAAAACAAACAGAUGAGACCACUUGAGCUGUUUGUGGGACACAUGUUGAUGCAUUCAGAUCCAGCAGCUACAUGUCUGGCUUCAUUUUCACGGCAGUUAGUAGAGAAACCACAGGUUAUAUACAGACAUGUUUGUUUCCAGGUUUUUGGGAUCUGUAACUGGUGUUCAAAGGGAUUUUUUGUAUAACUGAUCAGUUAUGGAAAUCAUUCAUCUGCUCUGUGUUAAACAAAACCUGCGUCUCUUCUGUAAAAUGCAGUUGAUUACUUCACGUCUGAAAUGAUCUUAACGUUGCGUCUAACUCGUAUGAUUCAGAAAUCAAUCUUGUGAACACGAUCAGGUAUCUGUGCUGUCUGUUUUAGGCUUCCCUUCAUGACGUCUCUGACCACUGUCAUCAACUCCGACCAGCGUUACGUGACGUCAUCAUUGACCAUAAUGCUUUUCACUGGCUUCUGAUUGAGACAUUGGCAUCGCCUGUAUGAACUCGCUAAUAUAAAGAUAAAUAUAUAUAUGAUUGAGCAUUGAUGAAGUGGCACUCACUGAAAACAAUUAUUAAAAACAGUUGAUACAGAAGUGA